CAAAUACAAAAACGGUAUAAAAUAGAACAAAGGAUUCCUAUAGCUUAUCGGUUGAUAUACGUCGGCGACGUUGUGUAUAGCACGGAGAUAUCGAUAUCCCUAGGCGGCGAAUAAUACUGAUAAUUGGACGUACGCAAGAAUUUUUAUAUCAUCACAACAAUGAUAACUUCACGUGCAUUUGUAAAGGGUCAAAAUGACGGAUCUGCAUAAGUCCGACGGUGACAACGGUAAAGAAGUGCUACAAGAAGGUAGGAGCAAGCUUCCUUUUGUGUCUUUAGUGGCUGUUGGUACUGUAUUUUGGGGUUACGUCCUUGGAAGGCGGAUUAAUCGCGUGUUAAUAUCCAGAUACAGUGACAUUGUAUAUCAGAUUAGGCGUCCUGAUUCGUUGAGCAACCGGUACACUGCUUUUAAGUACUUCGUAUUGGGUGGAGCACUGGUUCCUACAGUGUUGCUAUCUGGGACCUACUUCCUCAAGAUUCGACGUGACCCUGAUAGUGGCAUAUUACUAUUUAAGCGUGUAAAUCAGGAGGCUGCCGCUGCGUCCCAGCGUCAUUUUUCCGGCUAUGCCAACAAUGCCAGUAGAAAGCUUGAGUUCCUGGCUGACGGUGUCAAACGUUCACUUUUGGAGCAGUCAGGUCCUCGUAUGGCAGAGGACCUUCGCAAGGACAUAGCAUCGGUCAAGCGUUGGAUCAAGGGUUUGUUCUAGGAGCAUGGCUGAGGAGGGUGCUGUGGAGACCCCUGAGCGGUCCGCGCAGUUUAAUGACGAGUAUGUACCAUUUGGUUUUGCUGAUUCCGACUUUGGCGGCUUAACCAUCCUAAAGGGCCUUGCUGACUUGCCAUUAACGGGUAAUGUAAAUUCUGGCAGUGUUUGCUCCGUUUAUAACGAAUCAGCUGAUACCUUCGAUGACACUUACAAUGACCCGUUGGAUUCAGAUUCUAGGAACAACUCUGGUCGCAAGGGUGACAAGAAGCGCAAGGCUGACCUUGAGAGGAGCCGCAUAUCUAAUGACGCUGUGCGCAUCCUCGAUAUGUACCACCGCUAUGGUGUUAUAGACACUAAUGACCCAAUUCUCCUUGAAUUGGAACCCGUUAGGGCCUUUUUUACUCACAUAGAUCGGCUGUACAGGACUCCUAAGAUAUCACUUGCUGAUGCGUUUACUCGGGCUUUGCAGCAGCUGACCAAGCUUCCCAGGCUGAUCAAGAGGUGCAGCACCCAUUUGAAAAAAUCCAAGGAAGAUGAUACAACAGAAACCACGGACACAGAACACCGCAACGUCGUUGUAUGGGAGAAUGUGAAGAUGCAGCGCAACAUCGGCGGGGUCCAAGUUCUAUUCCACUUUCCCACUAUGCAGAAGCCUCAGAUACAGUUACUAGCAAAGUUAAUGCACGCCUUGAAGAAUUCGCAGCAUGUCGUUUUGGAGUCUCCCACAGGCACCGGGAAGACAGCUGCCAUAUUGGCAGGUGUCUUUUCUUGGAUGUUCCAAAACCACAUCAGGGACGCCUCAAUGGUGAAUACCGAUACCAAACCCGGUGAAGGCUCUGCUGAGAAGCCGAAGAAGCAGGAGCCGCGGCUACGCGUGAUCUACUUGACACGUACUCACGCUCAGAUAAAGCAGGUGAUUCAGGCUGUGAAGACCUGUGGCUUCCGGCCGAGGAGUUGCAGCAUUGCAUCAAGACUACAAAUGUGCAUAUACAAGUCCAACAGGGCCGAGGCAGAGGGCGCGAACUCCAGUGACAGCGGUGAGGACGUCCCCAAUUUACAGAACCGCAUCAACUUACAGUGCCGGAAACUCGUUGCUAAUGCUGAUAAAGGUCGCUUGAAAGCCAAUAACGGCUGCACUGGGUGUUUCAGCAGUAACGCUAAUUCAUAUAAAAAAGAGAAGAUGUGCCCAUACUACUUGAACAUGGGCUCGAAGCACUUUGCGGUGGACACUGCAAUGAAGGUUCUUGGUAGGACCGAAUCAACUUUUGACAUUGAGGACCUGAUGCGUUAUGGCAUAGAGGGCACUAGUGAGGACGUCGACUUGCCCUGUAGCUGUGGCAAAAGCUUUGGUGGCAAGUCCAAGAAAUUAGCCAGGAGACUGGCUUCGCCUGCGCAGGACAUCACUCAAUACUUCUCUCCCAAGGCCAUGAUGGGUCUCGAUGACCCCGUUGAGCUGGGUGUAUGUCCCUACUAUGCUGCUAAGAGCAUUGCUCAAGUAUCGGAAUUUGUGGUAUGCCCUUAUCCCUAUGUCCUGGAUCUCCAGGCUAUGGUUAAGGGUGUAUCUAUAUCGCAGAAGGUGGCUGGCAUCAUACAGACCGACCCUAGGUUCAAGAGUGUUAAAAACGAGACCAUGGAGAUUAUGAACGACAAGACAAAUGUUAAUGGUGUGCCCAACUUGAACAUUUUCGGUAACCUGAAUGACACGGUCCUGGUCUUUGAUGAGGGCCACAAUGUUGAGAAUGCAUGCCAGGAGGAGGCUUCCUGGGACAUUAAGUUUGACCUUAUAAAGCGUAUUUUAUCCUGGAUUAAGAAGAUGCGUGAGGAGGUGAUUGCUUCUUCUGGGUUGAGUUACGUGGGUGUUGAUGACUUGAAAACUGCUGAGAAGUUAGGCCAGCAGGCUCUGGGCAUAUUGUUGCGGGUCACUCGCUUUUUGAAUGACCUGUUGUUAUUCUUACAGGGCUUUGUUUCUAAUCUAAAGAUUCCACCUAAAAAAGGUGUGGACAACCGUGGUGAGAGUAUUCUUUACAGUUGGGACACCUAUGACGACAAGUCUAACCCCCUGGGUGGUGCUCAACGUUUUAUUGAUGCCCUCAAUUUGGACAUCGCUAGUAUGUAUGUUCUCUACUGCAGUGUGAUGCAGAUGAGGGCUUUUGUUAGGCAUUUACGUCCCACUACAGUGCGCCAGGUAGAGGAGUACUUAAUCCAUUUGGAGUUUAUGACUGCCACUAUGGUAAUGCUUUGUCACAAGCCAGAGUGCUACAAUGUAUUAAUCCUGGUUAAUGCCAACAAGUCAUAUUCCUUGGGUCUAUGGCUGAUGAACCCUUCUGCAAUGUUCAGCGAGCUUGCGGCUAAUGCUAAAAGUAUUGUUAUAGCUUCGGGUACACUAUCGCCUAUACCUGCCAUGGUAAGCAGUUUAGGCCCCGAGUUUGAGAGCCGAGUGAAUGGCAACAUUAUAUCCACCACGCAGCAACUAGAUCCCGGUAAUCUGGCGGUGUAUAUGGUAACUCACUUUUCUCGGUCUACUAAGGAACGCAUUCAAUGUGACUUCGCCAAUCAGAAGGAUGAACGAUUUCAGACUCAGUUGGGUCACUCUUUGGCUAAGCUUCUGGAGGUCCUGCCUGGUGGUACUCUUAUAUUCUUUACCAGCAAGGCCAUUUUAACAUCCUGCAUCGAGCAUUGGCGCGUGACUGCGUAUAAUGAUGCCUCUGUUCAUGGCGAGUCCAGGACCAUAUAUGACCACAUAGCAUCGCUUAAGGGUGGCAACUUAUACCAGGAGCCAAACGAGGCUUCGGAAUUCCAGAAACUACUCAAGGAACUGCACGUAUUGGACAUGUUCGUUAUGUUUGCUGUAUGCAGGAGUCACUCUUCGGAGGGAUUGAACCUGAAGUUAUCGUCACUCAUCCUUGUUGGCCUUCCCUACCCUUCGACCAUUGCACCUCGGGUGGACAUUGCUCGGAGGUACAACCGCGCGAGUGGUCAAAAGUACAACUGGUACUUGCGGGAGACAUUCCGUGCGGUUAAUCAGGCCAUUGGCCGUUGUAUUCGUAACAAGAAGGAUCGCGGUGUCAUAAUUCUUAUGGACAAUCGCUACAAGCGUGAUCGUGAAUACUUGCCGUCAUGGACCAACCCCUUUAUACGUUCUCAUAAUAUUGUUGACGACGUGAGGCAUGACAUUCAAACUGGAUUUACAUUCUAGGCCUACAGAGUGUUGUUAAACUGCUUUUGUAUCAUCCGGUAACAACUCCGGUGUGUAACGGUGUCUUUUGUUAUACUGGCAUAUAAAACU